AUGGCCGUCCCGCCGUAUACCAACUCGCACUCGCCCCCGCCCCUCCAGCAUCCCAAGCCGACGCAUCCGGCCUACCCGCCCCCGGAGCCGCCCCAGACCCCCGGCCGCUCGUCCCAGUCCUCUCCCUACUCGGCCAGGCUGUCACAGGACGCGGACGGCUAUGCGCGGUACAGCUCGCCGCCUGUCGGCGGGUCGUUCGGCGACGCAGGAGGCGCCAUGGGCAACAUGGGCAACAUGGGCAACAUGCAGGGGAGCGGGUCGGCGUACACGCCCCAGCAAGGGGGUCAGCACCCCCACCAGCGGGCUGGGUUUGCGCCUGCCGGUCCCAACGCGCCGGUCGGAUAUGGCGCGCAGCCCGCAGGCUUUGGAGGAUGGGGAGGGAUGAACGACGCGACGGCGCAGAUGGGCAUGCAGUUUGGCAAGAGCGCCAUCUCGGCCGGCCAGGACUAUGUCGAGAAGAACGCGGACGGCGGCGGUGUCGAGUCCUACGCCCCGCCCCGCGAAGACAUUAACGCCCCCGAUCUCUACAUUCCCUCAAUGGCGCUCGUCACGUACACGCUGCUGUCGGCGUUCGCGUCUGGUAUCCAGGAGCGCUUCCACCCCGAAGUACUCGGCUACUCGCUGAGCAAAUCGCUCGCGGUCGUCAUCCUCGAGUUCCUCGCGAUCAAGCUCGGAUGCUACUUCCUCGACGUGCGGGGCGGCGGCGCUAGCAGCGUCGAGCUCCUGGCUUACGGAGGAUACAAGUUCAUCGGCAUCAUUGCGACGGUCGUCAUGGGCUUACUCAACUUUGGCACGGUGCUCACGUACACGACCUUCUUCUACACUUUCUUCGCCAACGCAUUCUUCCUUCCCCUCGCCUCGACACUACCACCCGGCCUCGCUAUCGGCCCCACGUCCUCGGCUGGCUCCAGGCCUCCGACCUUCCCCUUUACGCACCCGCCCCGGCCGCAGGACCGCCGUCCUGCCAUGCUCGGCGAUGCCGCGACUGGCGCGACCAGCGCGACCGCCGGCGCGAGUUCCGAGGCGAGCAGCUCGCGCUCGCGCUCUCGCCGGCGGGGUGCUUUCCUUCCCUCCCCCUCUCCGUCUUCCUCAUCUCUCUCCUCCGAAACACUCUCUGACCCGGUGAGCGCGUACUAUGUCGCCUCGAUCUCGGAGCGGAUCCACAACAUCCACCACAUCAACCUCGGCCAGUUGAUCCCGCACGGCAUGCACUCCAUGAUUGCGGGCAUGGGCGCCGGGCUCGUGAGCAGUAUAGCGACCUGCCCGCUCGACGUCGUCAAGACCACGCUCCAGGCGCAGAGCGCGCCGCGCGGCGAUCCCGGCUACGAGGGCGUCACCAAGACCUGCCUUAGGAUAUACCGCCAGAACGGCCUCAAGGGCUUCUAUCGCGGCCUCGGACCGACAAUCGCUGGAUACCUCCCGACAUGGGGCAUCUACUUUACCGUGUACGACUUUGUCAAGGACAGAAUGAAGAACAACGCGGCCAUGGCUAACGACGAGCUGACAUCAGGCCACCCCGAUCUCGCGCAUAUCAUCUCGGCGAUGCUCGCUGGAGCAAGCGGCACGAUCCUGACAAACCCGCUGUGGGUCGUCAAGACACGUUUCAUGGCGCAAGCGAUUCUUCCUCCCGACGCACCGAAGUACAGGUCGACAUUUGACGGCUUCCGGACAAUCUUCCGAAACGAGGGUCUCGCGGCGUUCUACAAGGGGCUGAUUCCGUCGCUGUUCGGCAUUUCGCACGUUGCAGUCCAGUUUACGCUGUAUGAGAAGGCAAAGGCAUGGGCGGCGCACGGUAGCCCGGACCCAUUGACGCCGAGCGCAAUCCUGCUCUGCUCCGCGCUGUCCAAGAUGAUUGCCUCGCUCGCGACGUACCCGCACGAGGUGUUGCGCACCCGUAUCCAAAUGCAGAAGAAGCCGCGCCAGCUCCCCAAGCCGCCGGUGCAGCCUCACAUUGAGCCGACGCCACACACGUACUCGCCGCUGCUUGCUGGAUCGCAGCCGCCGUUGGAGGAAGGCAAGGUGCCGAAGAAGGGCGGGCGGAGAGGCAUCAUCCCGCCGACGAUUCCUUCAUCCCUGUCCGAGGCUACGGUACACGAGAUGCGACCAGAAGCCGCCCCGCGUCCCUCAACAGGACACGCGCCGAUGCCUGCCGCGAAAGCCGUUCCGGCCGCGCGUGCCGAGCCCCCGUUCACCACCCCGGGCGAGCCGAGCAAGGAGCGAGUCACGCGGGUCUCUCCCCCGACAGUCCCCCGCGAUGCGCGCGGCGCCGCCUUUGCAGCCGAGGCGGAGUUGACAGAAGCGACCCGCGAAGCGCGCGCAAACACGCUGCGUCCGUACACAUCUGAUCCGCCGAAACGCACCUGGCCGCGCAAGGGCGGCAUCAUUGACGUCUUCAUCAAGAUCUACCGCCAGGACGGAUGGAGGGGCUUCUACCGCGGCCUCAGCAUCAACCUGGUGCGAACGGUGCCGGCGUCGGCAGUGACGAUGCUCACGUACGAGCUCAUCAUGCGGAACCUCUCCAAGGGCGCGGCGCGGGCCGCGGCAGAGGGGUCAGAAGGUGAGGACAUGGCAUAG